UUAUCCAUAGGUAAGGCUGGUCCUGCCGAGAACAGUAAUAGGCUGUUUUACUGAAGACUGGGCGGGGAAAGCCAGUGUCUCGUAUGACAAGCUUGGACGGGGUUGUACAACUUGUAGUGCCUCACUGCUGAACAACAGCCUUUGCAUAUCCGCAAUCUGGGUUAAAAAAAGAGAGGGGAGAGACAAAGACGGAUACAUCCUAAAUCAAUGCACUUUUAAUUUAUUAUAAGACUUACCGAAUCGGCAAGAAGGAGUAACAGGAUGCAUUUGUUUAACCACAUUUUGCACUGAAGGAAAUGUAUACGCGUUAGCCACCAGAAACAAGAACAUCUCGUGAACCCAUGAAGCUCUGAACAUCGUUAAAGUUGAAAACGCUGCGUGGAUUCUAGAACUUCAGUUUUGUUGGAAUAGUCCAUUAUUAUAACGCUUUAAGAAUGCAGCAUCCUUUGGAGCUGGGGGCCCAUUAUUUCCCACCAGAAGCCCAUCCUGACCACAGGUCCCAUCGCUACAGGAGUUUUAUGAUCGAGGAGAUCCUGACUGACCACCCGGACCACAAAAUUUCAGCCCCCGCGGGAGAGUUGCUCAAAUUCGGAGUGCAGGCUCUGUUGUCAGCGAGACCCUACCACAAUCACUUAGUUCUAAAGGCAGACCAGUCUAGUGUUUUUAAAUUUCCCAUGGCUCCUCUAUCCUGUUCGCUGGGCGCCCCUCUCGGAUCAGCGCUGUUGUCCGGCGGAUCUAGUUCCCAUCACCUGCCGUUAGACCUUCACCUCCGGAGUAAAAUGGACCCGGGGUCAGAUCUAACCAACAAGUCAAAAAAAGGCAGGAGAAGUCGGACUGUCUUUACUGAAUUACAACUAAUGGGGCUGGAGAAAAGAUUUGAGAAGCAAAAAUACCUCUCAACACCAGACAGAAUAGACCUUGCAGAAUCACUGGGUCUCAGUCAACUGCAAGUAAAGACGUGGUACCAGAACAGAAGAAUGAAAUGGAAGAAAAUAGUUUUGCAAGGCGGAGGCCUGGAAUCACCCACCAAACCCAAAGGGCGCCCCAAAAAAAACUCAAUUCCAACCAGUGAACAACUUUCAGAGCAAGAGCGAUCAAAAGAAGCAGAGCGACAAUCCGAAGGUUCUUCUUCCUCACAUUCGGACGUCAAUCAGGAGGAAUAGCUGAUAUCCUUCUGCAGGCCGCCAGCGUGUAUGGACUAAUGAGGCAGUAACAAUCAAACUGCUCUAAUGAGAGGAAAUUGUGACUGCAGCUCCGCCGCUUGCAGUCUGGAACUAAUAUCAUAACUGAUGUGCCAUAUCGUAUAUUUUAAAUGUCUAGUGUUUUUCGCAAUAUGGACCCUUCAUUUGUUUUUUGCGGGAUAAACUCAUCUGAUACACCUAUACAUUUGUUUCCAGUGGAGGAUACAAAACAAAUGACUUUAAUUGAAGAAGUCUAUGGUCAGUAGAUCGACACUACCUUUUUAAUUUCCAAUGUAUUUAAGGGUAUUAUUUCUGACCCUCACACGAACACACAUUUUCUUCAUGUAAAAUAGUCUAUGCAUUUCACCAGAGUGUUUUAAUUUUUUUUUUUUUUUUUUUUUUU